CGCCCGGGGCAUGGCCCAGAGCGUGGUCUACGCCGACCUGAAGUUCGCGGCGCGGCCCCCAUCCACCGCGCCCGACGACGAUGACAGCCCGUACGAGAACGUGCCGCUGGGGCCGGCGGCAGCCGCGCCCAGCCCAGGGCGCUGGACCCGGCGAUGGCGCAUCCCCACCGCGCUGCUGGUAGCCAGCCUGCUCCUGCUGCUGCUGCUGCUGGUGGCCGUGGUGGCCCUGGGGGCUUGCCACUGGCAGGUCUCCCGCAGCCUGCAGGACUCCUCCCGCGAGCACCUGGCCGAGCAGGGCCGCCUGUCACAGGAGCUGAGGGCGCGGGAGCAGAGCCUGGAGCAGGCACAGCUGGAGCUGGCCUGGGCCAGGGAGGAGCUGCAGCGAGCGUGGCGCCAGGGCAACAUCAGCCAGCUGGAGCUGAGAAGCAGGAAUGCUGAGCUGGGGCAUACCCAGCAGGAGCUGGCUGUGCUGCAGGAGGAGAUGCAGGUGGUGCAGGGGAGGCUCAACACCAGCGAGAGGACUGCGAGCAGCCUGCGUGCCUGCGUGAACACAGAAUGCUGCCCCUGGGGCUGGGUACUCUUCAAGAGCAAGUGUCUCUACAUCUCGGUGACAAACAAGACCUGGGAGCAGAGCCAGAAAGACUGUGAAGGGAGACAUGCCCGACUGCUGGUCCAAGACGAGUGGACACCACUGACAGUGCCGAAUUUUGUGCAGGCGUCUAAGGCACACUACUGGAUUGGAGGAAGACCUUUCUAUGCGGCAAGGAGAUCUAUGUGGAAGGACAGCAAACAUCCCUCGAAACGCCAUAUUCCAGACUGCUGGUCACUAAUUGACGGGGAAAUGUGGAAUAAGCGGUGUGACAGUCCCAACCCAUGGAUCUGUGAGAAAUCCCCAAAGCUGAGCAUAGCACCUGCGACUCAACCUCCUUUUCUGGACAAGGACUGAGUGCUGCCACCCCCACUCCAUCCCUGGACUCAGGAACAGGACCUGGGUGUGCACCCUGAGACCCUGUCCCUGGUGCACGUUUUGCCUCAAUUGCCUUGCAAAACCGCUGGGGAAUAGUGUCUCUAUUUUAAAGCAAGGAUUAUGGAAAAGAGACCUUAUUCCCCUCUCCCACACAUAUAUAUUAUACUGCUUUGUACUGUGCCACUGCAUGUCCCUGUGUGCCCUGGCCAAUGCAGCUCCAGUGCAGAGCCCAGCUCUUACCUUCUUUGCUACCCCAACGUUGCCAGGGGUGCAGGAUUUGCCAUUUGCAGAUAAUUUUGGACCUGAGGGAUGACACACUGAUGUCCUCAAGCUAUCCAUUUCAGGGAGACCUGUGGAUUUACAGCCUGUUCCUUCUCUCAGCAUUGACAGUUCUUGUCCUGCCCUUUCUUCUGCCUUCAUCACCUGCCCAGGACUCUGGGCUGCGUCCUGCCUGGAAAGGCUGCUGACAGUGGGGCCAUCAGCAUCAGGAAAUACUGGGAAACCCAGAGACCAUAUAGGAAGUGGGAGAGUGCUGAGGAGCUUUGAGAACACGGUGGAUGAAUGAGGAAACUCUGAAACCAUGGGAGGAAAACAAGGGCUAUGAAGAGCCCUAAGACCGUGGGAGGUGAAUGUGGGAAUCCUGAGAUCAUGGAAAGAAAGGGAGCACAGUGGAACUGCAAAUGAGGGUGGUCCUGAAAAGCUGGAGGUGCACUGAUAAGACAGUGAGACAGAGGAAGGAGAACUAGGGAGACUUGGGAACAUGGGAAAAAGGGGACACCCCUCCCACCAAGGGGGAAAGAUACCUAAGAAUGUGGUGGAACCUUAUCUGCCAAAGGAGGGUGAUGAGAGGCACCAGUCCAGGACCCAGUGUGACCCUCCCUGUCUCAGUGUUUCUGCAGAGAAGGGAAUGUGUUGGCAGCCAGUUUGCUAAGCUGGACCUGAGACAGCAUGGCUUCACCACAGCUCCUGUCCAACCAAGCCAGUGGCCUUCUAGAAUGGAGUGAUUGCACCUGUGAACAAGGGAAGGGCUACACAUGUCAUCUGUCUGGACUUCUGAAAAGCCUUCAACACAGCCCUCCUCUAAAUCUGAGCUAAAGGGAUUCAAUGGGUGAACUGUUCAGUGGGUAAGGUUGGACAUCUCCAUCCAGAAGAUUGUGGUCAAUGGCUCUGUGUCCUCACUGGACACUGGUGAUAAUGCUGGCCCUCCGGGAUUCACCUUGGGACCAGUGUUACUGUGUCAACAACGUGAACAGUGGGAUCAAAUGCACCCUCAGCAAGUUUGCAGGUGACACCAGGCUGUGGUGGUUUGACACAGCUGAAGGACAGGAUGCCAUCCAGAGGGACCCAGACAAGCUCAAAGAGUGGCCCAUGGGA